UUCUAGAAGCAAGAUAAAUCUCGUCUCUUCAAACUUUUACUUCCAUAUACUUGCAUUACAGAGCAAACAAGUGCACUGAUCUUCCACCGACACUCUCACUUUCUUGCAAUCCAAUCAGAGAGGAGUUCCGCUCAAUAGGAAGGGAGGAGGUUAGAAAUGGCGAGUGGUGUUGGUGAAGGAGAAGUGGUGAGCAACAAGCAGGUGAUAUUCAAAGACUAUGUAGUUGGAUUUCCAACAGAAUCGCACAUGUAUAUUACUACUUCCUCUGUGAGUCUCAAGCUUCCACAAGGCUCCGAUGGUGUUCUUGUCAAGAAUCUCUACUUGUCCUGCGAUCCUUACAUGCGAAUUCGCAUGAGGAAGAUGGAACCUUCUCCCUUUUCCUCUGCCCCUUACGCCUCUUUCGCUCCUGGCUCGCCACUGAUAGGGUAUGGAGUGGCCAAAGUACUGGACUCUGGACAUCCGGACUUCAAAAAGGGUGACUUGGUUUGGGGUAUAACUAGAUGGGAGGAGUACAGUCUCAUUACGAAGCCUGAAAGUCUCUUUAAAAUCAACCAUACAGAUGUCCCCUUGUCCUAUUACACUGGAAUUCUUGGCAUGCCUGGUAUGACUGCUUAUGCUGGAUUUUAUAAAGUUUGUUCUCCCAAGAAAGGAGAAUAUGUUUUCGUUUCAGCUGCAUCCGGUGCUGUUGGUCAGCUUGUUGGACAAUUUGCAAAGUUGAUGGGUUGUUACGUGGUGGGAAGUGCUGGAAGUAAAGAGAAGGUUGACCUAUUGAAAAACAAGCUUGGGUUUGAUGACGCUUUUAAUUAUAAAGAAGAGCCGGAUCUGGCUGCUGCCUUGAAAAGAUGCUUCCCUGAGGGCAUAGACAUCUACUUCGAAAAUGUUGGGGGGAAGAUGCUUGAUGCAGUGCUCUUAAACAUGAGACUCCAUGGCCGAAUAGCUGUAUGUGGAAUGAUCUCACAAUACAAUCUUGAUCAGCCUGAAGGUGUGGGGAAUUUGAUGACUAUUAUUUACAAGCGGGUUCAAAUAACAGGAUUUAGUGUUGUAGACUACUAUCCCGAAUAUUCGAAGUUCCUAGACCUUGUACUUCCACACAUCCGAGAAGGGAAGAUAACAUACAUUGAAGACAUAGCAAAUGGCCUUGAGAGCUCGCCUGCAGCCCUUAUAGGACUUUUCACUGGCCGUAAUGUUGGGAAACAGGUUGUUGCGGUUGCUCGAGAGUAGACCGAUGAGGGACAUGGAUUUCUUAAGAUGUGCUUAAGCUGGUCCUGGCUCUAUCUUUUCAUACAAUGACAAAAAUUAGUGAUAUUUUUACGUGUGCCUACGUUCAAACAUAAUGUAGUGGUGUAAUAAAAAUUGGUCAGACUUCUUGUUUGUAUGGAUAUUAAAUAAGAAAAAAAACAAGAAAUUGUCUUUGUGGAGACAUACAUAUUGGUCUAAUGAGGACUCCGGCUUCUU